AUGGCUGACUAUCGAAUGACUGUUUUUAAUGACUUGGCUCAAAACAUCAAUCUGAAUGUUCAUUGUCAAGCUGAAGGCAUAGAUCCGACCUCUCACUCGAUCCCAUUUUUGAAUGACUUCUUUUGGACCGUCAACAUUAAUACUACUCCUGGGUUAUCUUGUGACAUGAGUUGGUGUAGUGUAAACGGGCAUUUCAACAUCUUUGAUGCUAAAAGAGAUGCAACUAGAUGUGCUAGAAACUGGUGCGCUUGGCGUGUGAAACAGGACUACUUGUAUCUCUUCAUUGAAAGCCGUAAGAGGCUUGAGUACCUGUACACCGAGGUCAUUGUCACCCGACUUACAGUGGACUGUCAGAACAAGAACCUUUCUCAGAAAAUGGCUCAUGUUUUUCAAGCAGGGUACGACAAGUACAUACAAUACAAUACCCUCACAAAUCUCUUUCUAACGAUCUCUUUAACUCUGCAACCUCAGCCUUCUCAGUAUAUACCGCUUUGCUUCAAGCCUGGCUUCCAAAGCUCGGUACUUUCCACCGUUUUCUGCAAUCUCUGCCCUUUCUUUCUUCUGGGCUCUCUUCGUUUUCUCAAUUGUCCCGUUCGGUUCCACAUAAAUAUUAAAAGGGUUGCCAGGAACUGUACCAAGCAGAUUGGUGGUAGGCUGAGUUGGAGCAGAAACUAUGCAGCCAAAGACAUUAAAUUCGGGGUGGAGGCCCGAGCCCUCAUGCUCAGUGGUGUCGAAGAGCUUGCGGAUGCUGUCAAAGUCACCAUGGGACCUAAGGUUAUCUACCUGAUUCCACUACAACUCAUUCUAGUCGGUCAUUUACCUUUCACCUUAUAUAAAACCUUCACAUUGACUUUGUAUAAGUGUGCUCUAUGCGCAUUAGGUGUAAUCCGAUAAUUUUAUACAUUUGCGUUAUAUUUGAAUAAAGGUCGUGUUAGAGUAUGAGUGUGAUUCUUACAGUUUAGUAAUAAUCAUUGUUAUUUUAGAUUGGUAUAAAGAGGUCUUAAUGUGUUUAUAAGAGUUAAUUCAACUUUGGUUUGGAUUGAAACUCUACUGUUGGCUCGAGAAUAGAACUCAUACUUAUACAAGGAUUUGGUCUUGUAUUCCUUGUAGGAUUGUAAUAGGGCAAUCUAUGUUUAGUAU